AUGGCGAACGAGGAGUUCAAGACGCUGCAGAUCGUGCACAGUGAUUCCGAGGCCGGCGUCUUCCACAUCUAUCUCAACCGCCCCGCUCAGCGGAACUCCCUCACCCUCGAUUUCUUCUCCGAGCUCCCCAGGGCCCUCGAUCUCCUCGACGGCCGCCGCGGCGCCGCUGCCAUCGUCCUCGCCGGCCGUGGCCCCCAUUUCUGCGCAGGAAUCGAUCUCUCUACCCUCGCCGCCAUCACCGGCGGCGGUGGGAGAUCCGAUCCGGGGAGGGAGCGGGAGCGGCUCCGCCGGCAGAUCCUCUCCCUGCAGGCGGCGAUCUCCGCUGUGGAGCGCUGCCGGAGGCCGGUGAUCGCCGCCGUGCACGGCGCCUGCAUCGGCGGGGGAGUGGACCUCGCCACGGCCUGCGACCUCCGGUACUGCUCGGAGGACGCCUUCUUCUCCGUGAAGGAGGUGGAUCUGGCCCUCGCCGCCGACCUGGGGACCCUGCAGAGGCUGCCGGCGAUCGUCGGCCACGGCAACGCGGCAGAGAUGGCACUGACGGCGAGGAAGGUCCCGGCGGCGGAGGCCAGAGCCAUGGGCCUCGUAUCCGCUGUCUUCCCCUCCCGGCAGGAGAUGGACACCGCCGUUAUGGCCAUCGCCAAGGGUAAACUCCAUCAUCAUCAUCAUCUUCUUCUUCUUCUUUCCACCGCUGGUUCCUGAUCAGUUUAGGCGGCGCUACUUCAGACUUGGCGGCGAAGUCGCCGCUGGCGGUGGCGGGGACGAAGGCGGUGCUGCUGAGGAACAGGGAUCUGACGGUGGACCAGAGCCUGGACUACGUGGCCACGUGGAACUCGUCGAUGCUUAUCUCUGAUGAUCUCGCUGAGGCUACCACCGCCCAGAUCCAAAAGAGGAAGCCCACUUUCGCCAAGCUAUGA